AUGGCUGACAGUGAGCUAAUGAAUGUGUGUUCAGUUGGUGGAAACCCGGUUUCCGCCUUUCUGUCAUGGCGGCUUCAGGCUACGAACGCAUGCGACGUCACCCUCGUUUGGAAGUCCGGCUACGAGCAUGUCGCUCAGUAUGGCAUCUCGUUCAAGUCCCAAGAAUUUGGCAAUGAGCGAUUCAAGCCACGGCACGUGGUCAAGACACCAGAAGAAGCGGCCAGCCGUAAAGAGGGUGCAUUUGACUAUGUAAUUCUCUGCAUCAAGGCCCUGCCCGAUGUAUACGACCUUGCCUCUGUCAUCGAUUCAGUCGUUACACCUCAGCACACAUGUAUCCUCAUCAAUACCACCCACACGUUGGGAGUGGAGUCUGCGAUAGAAGAACGGUUUCCGACCAACGUGGUUUUGUCGCUCGUUUCCGGCGCAGAACUAUCUCAGCUAGGACAGAGCGAAUUCGAACACAAGGGCUCGACAGAGCUCUGGGUCGGUCCCGCCAACAAGAACGCGAACAUUCCCGCAUCGAUACAGGACGACAUGGCGCAGGCCCUGGCGAUGACCUUAGGCACGGGUCAAGUAGAUUGCAAAGUAUCGCCCAACAUUCGACAACACCAAUACGAACGGGUUAUUGGCCCGAUUGCUUUCCACCCUCUUAGCGUUAUUUUUGAGACGCCAAACCUGGCGGAGCUGAUGACCAAGGUUGGAGUAUCCCAGCUUGUUUCUGAUGUGAUAGAUGAAUUGCUCGCAUUGGCAGGAGCUCAAGGCUGUGACUUUCCCGCAGACUUCAAAAAGAAGACCAUCGAUGAUAUGGCGAAACAGUCGAAUGCCGACAGUAUCAUGUGGCAAGACUACAUCGCAAGGCGGCCCAUGGAAGUUGAGACGGAGCAGGAGAUGCGGAUGCGUCGUGGUCCUCCUCCCCCCGGCCCUAGACGCGGUCCUCCCGUCUCAAUGCGUAAUGGUGGUGGUAAUGGCGGUGGUAUUGGUGUGUAUGACGAAGACGACGAGGACGACGAUUACUUCGAUCCCGCGGCUGCACCAUCAGGGCCUCCGAUUGAUCCCGAUAAUUUCGACAUGAUGAGUGUCACGUCCAGAAAGAACCGCAAGGUUCCCUCACAUGCACAGAUUCGCAAGAAUCCGGAGUUUGAUGCCAACCCUCAAAGGAACAGUCGGUUCCGGCCAAACUUUGGUAGAAAUCGGUCGAGCCAGAUCGCAAACCAAGUACCCGGUCUUCAUGACAACAUUAUGGACGACCCAUUGAUGGGAUUCACUUCAAACAGAUAUGGGAAUGUGGACCGAGGAGCAAUGCACCAGGAGUCUCGAACGAAUUCACUGACUGCCGCACGUCUAGAUGAACUUCAAUACGCUCCUGGAGGGGGACCACCUAUGGGCAUGAACGGCAUGAAUGGCAUGGUCCUUCGAUUCGAGGAGGCAGCGGCCGACCGUCGCCACCGAAUGGUUAUGGCGGGCCUGGGAUGA